CCUCUCGCCAUGGACGCGCCUGGCGCGACAGAGGCUGAAGAGAGCGCUCGCAAGAACUACUUGGGAUGGGAGGUAUCUGCCUCUCAGAGCUCUACUUCCAAUGCUGACACGGACGAGCACCAUGAGCGCAAUCAACCAACGCAGAGCGAUAAAGACGACGAUGGAAGAGAUGGUAAUGAGGGGAAAGAUGACGAGGAAUGUGAUUAUUAUGAGGAGGAUGAUACUGAGGAUGAGGAGCCACGGUUCAAAUACGCGAAUUUGACGAAGAAGCUGAGUCCAGUGUACCGCAAUGGAGACGCAACUAGCUCAGUUCUCACCACAGCAGACAAGAUGAUAAUUGGAACACAUAACGGAAAGAUCCAUGUCCUAUCGAUUCCUCUAUUACAACCCCUCCGCGUAUACCAUGCACACUCAGCGAGCAUCACGUCCAUUUCUGUAUCACCAUUUUAUUCUGCCCCCAAACCGGAUGUCCUGGGCUUGUUCUCUUCAGAGGAGCAUAGUGAUACGCUCAGGUCUAGUUCUGUCAGUAUUCGAAGCCAAGCGAGACCAAGGCACCAAGUACCGCAUGCCGCGGCGCCCUCCAACUCAAUUUAUAUUGCAACUUCCUCUAUUGAUGGAAAAGUAUGUGUUGCAUCUCUGGUGGACCCAAAAGACGUUAUCUUGCGGAACUUUGGCAGACCGGUUCAAGCGGUUGCGCUAUCCCCAGAAUACAAGCAUGACAGGACCUUCUUGUCCGGCGGACGAGCAGGGGAUCUGAUUCUCACAACGGGUGGUCGUGUGGGUGCAAGCUCAAAUGCGACAACACUGGGAGGUGCUGCUACUACGGCUUCCAGCUGGCUUGGUUCUAUAGGGUUGGGGACAAACAAUGGGAAGGAGACCAUAUUGCAUAGUGGAGAAGGUGCUAUCAGCACAAUAAAAUGGUCAUGGUCUGGAAAAUACGUUGUGUGGGUCAACGAAGAAGGCAUCAAGAUCAUGCGCUCAAAUCUGCAUUUGGAUUCCUCCGAUCCGGAACUUGCGUGGAAACGAAUUAGUCAUAUCGAUCGUCCUAACCGGCCAGGAUGGGAGGAAAUGGCCAGCGUUUGGAAAGCUCGUGCAGAGUGGAUAGACGAAGGGCUCCUAGAGGAUGAAGCCGAGUCCACUCCGUCCCAAUCAGUGGUAGCCAGCGAAGCCGUGGAAAAACUCGUUGUUGGCUGGGGAGGUACCGUCUGGAUCGUCAGCGUCUAUCCAGACCGGCCCAACCCAAGGGCUGGAGACCAUAAGAUAGGCACUGCGGAAGUUGUUACAAUAUUGCGGACCGAUUGUGUUAUAUCUGGGAUAUCAUUAUAUACACCUACUCUGCUUGUCAUUCUUGCAUAUAUCGAGGCGGAGGAAGAUUCUUCAGCGGAGCAGGGUGGCACCCGAGCCGGAACACGACGUCGACGGAAAGCUCUCGAGCCGGAGCUACGUAUUAUUAAUGUGGAGACCAAAGAGGAAAUCAGUGCUGAUACUCUCUCCAUUAGUCGUUAUGAAAGUCUCUCUUCGUCGGACUAUCAUAUGAGCAUGGUUCGUCCCUCGAAGGCCCCCGUGACUGUUUCCCGGCGUGGGACGUUUGGGGUCCUCGGUAGUGGUCUCUGGGACGCAACUAUGUACCCUGCGCGGUUAUUCAGUUCUGCUGCGAGUAUUCGCAGCAGCACCAGUGGCGGUGAUAGAAACUCCAGUAGAGUUCCAAGCUCUUUUGCCUCGCGGCAAAUUCCCAACGAGGAAUCUACGUCCAAAGAAGUACAGAUUGUCGCGGAAGCCGUGGGCACGAAAGUUUUUAUUCAUGGCCCGUACGAUUGUGUGGUCUCCGUAAAGAGAGAUCUUACAGACCGUCUUGCAUGGUUGGAGUCACGCCACAUGUAUGAGGACGCGUGGAAACUUGUUGACGAGCAUCCAGAAGCGGCGGGAGUCGGCGGGGAAGCCAACGAUUCCAUUUCUGAUACUGGAACGAGGUCUCGGGGUAGCUGUGGUGAAAUUGAUGACAGAGCGUCUAUCGUGACGGCGACAACCACGACGGGUGGGGCAGGCUUCUCUAUUGCUGAGCAGGAGAAACGUCGGAUUGGCGAGCUGUGGAUUGGGCAACUUGUCGAGGAGAACAAAUGGGCCGAGGCCGCGGAGGUCUGCGGUAAAGUUUUGCAUACCGCGACAGGAUGGGAGCAUUGGGCUUGGGCUUUUAUCAAGAGCAACAAGUUGCCUGAGAUCACUUCAUACAUCCCGACCCAUAUGCACCCGCCCCUUCCCUCGACAAUCUACGAGGUCAUUCUCGAGUAUUACGUAUCCGAAGACAGGCGGAGGCUCAAAGAAAUUCUCGACCAUUGGCCGUUCGAUCUGUUUGACUCCAACAAGAUUACGGAUUACAUUCAAGAGAAGCUCAGGUUGGAACCUCCAGUGGCCGAAUCUGAAGAUUGGAAUAUUCUCAUGGAGAGUCUUGCGAAACUCCUUCUGGCUGGAGGUCAUUAUAGUGAAGCAUUACACUGUUAUAUUCGCCUCCACGAUGCGGAUACCACCAUGUUUUUAAUAAGAGAACACCGCUUACUGGACGCGGUCUCUGAUGACAUCCCAGCGUUUAUCCAGAUUCGCGUGUCCAAGGAGCAAAUGAAGUCGGCGCCGAUUUCCGAGCUGGAUGAGAUAACUGCAGAGCCAAUCCAACUCCUCGUUAGUGAAGCAUACACCGGCAUAGUUCGUCCGGAGACAGUGGUUUCCCAGCUGCAAAGCGCGAACCGACAUCUUUUUCUCUUCUUCUACCUGCGUGCACUAUGGCACGGUGAGGCUCUUCCACAUGAAGCUGCAAAGCCUCGGCGGGGACGAGGUGCCCGCAUAAGGGAUGCCGCAAGCAAGCUAGCAGCGGACGAGGGCAAAGUACUGGUCGACAACUUUGCUGACACAGCGGUAGAGCUCUUUGCAGAUUACGACCGGCCCCUUCUUAUGGAGUUUCUGCAGACGAGCACCGCAUACUCGUUCGACGUGGCGACGGCGGUGUGCGAAACGCGCCAAUUUACAUCUGAACUCAUCUACCUACUCUCGAAAAUGGGUCAAACAAAACGAGCCUUAAAUCUGAUACUCUCCGAGCUGAAGGAUGUCUCUCAGGCCAUAUCCUUUGCCAAAACACAGGACGAUCCGGAUCUUUGGGAAGACCUCCUGGAUUACUCUAUGGACAAGCCCCGUUUCAUUCAUGGAUUGCUUGUAGAAGCGGGGACAUCGGUUGACCCGAUCAAACUAGUCAGGCGCAUCCCCAGCGGACUGGAGAUUGAGGGUCUCCGUGAGGGACUGACUCGCUUGAUACGAGAGCACGAUCUCCAGGCCAGUAUAAGCCAGGGGGCGGCUAAGGUUCUCCAGAGCGAAGUAGCCCUUGGCAUGGACAGUCUACGCCGGGGCCAACGAAGGGGGAUUAAAUUCGAUGUUAUCCAACCGAAGAAAUCAAGGCGAGAGUUCGACGACUCGGACGUACAGUCACAAAGAAAUGGGAAGUUGGACUCUAAUAGCGAUGCAGACACUGUUACAGAGCAAGCGGUGACGACUGGACCACUUUCACCUCAACCUGGGAGAUGUGCAGGCUGUCACGCGCCAUUUCAUACUAACGAAAAAGAGAUCCUUGUUGGCUUUGCCUGCGGCCAUGUCUACCACCUCUCCCAUGUUGAACCAGAACGCACCAAUGAAGAGGAGAAUGAAGCUGGCGAUCGAACACCUAGAUCUUCAUCUCCCCUCCAACCGUCUAAUUCUUUACGCAACCAGGCCGGAGAUGAUCUAUCGUUGUCGACGCCUAGGACCGUUGGGCCGAAAGUGACGACCGCUCGACUCCUCCGGGAUAGGAUCGGGGUUGGCUGUCGUAUUUGUGCGCAUGGGAAGGAGAUUGAGGACAUGGUUUAAAUGCAUUGAGCCAGGAGGGAUAAAGAGAAGGGAAGUCAAGUUUCACGACAGCACUUGUUAUUUUAUCUUUUUUUUUUGGCGGAAGGUGGAACUUAUUUGUGCAUCAAUCAUUGUCUGUUUUGGGAGGUGGUACUGCAUACAUUGCCCUAACUGGAUGGGAUGAUGUAUAUUUGCUUCUUAGAUACCCAAUCUAGCCGGAGUUACAGAAAUUGACACCAUUGCAGUGUUCUCGACCAUAUGAGGAGAGUGGUCUUUUCUGCAGAGCGUUUCUUCCAAAACGGGCAAGCCCUAAUGCCAGUGGUAGCAUUGGGAAGUACGCCACGUGAGCGCUGGAAAGCCGAAAUUUCAUACUGGCAAUCAAUUACUACCUAGUACUUACUACCUACAUACCAAUACUACAUAGUACUUUCCA